AUUAAAGAUAAAUUUUUGGCCCUCGAUCUAACAAAGUAGCAUAUUAGUGGCCCUUCUGUCAAAUCCAGCCGUUAACUAUGACAGGAAGCUUCAUCUCGCGAGAUGCGCCACCAAAUAUGAAGGGCACUAUAGUCUCUUUGCCAAGACAGAAUAAAAACAGUUUCACCAACAAUUUUUUCUCCAACAAUUUUCACCCCCUUUGCUGUAAAACCCUAGGGCCAUCUUAAAAGCUUUUGUUUCCGUGACAGUUGGAUAGGUUUGUACCCAAUUGAUCUGCAAUGGAUUUCGACUAUGCUCAUUACAUGCUCACAGAAGGUAGGAAAGGUAAGGAAAACCCAACCCUGAGCUCGCCUUCUCGGGAGGCUUAUCGGAAGCAGCUUGCGGAGACCUUCAACAUGAACAGGACCAGGAUCCUUGAUUUCAAGAACAAGCCACCUACCCCUGUCGACCCUAUCCCUGCUGACUUCUCGACAGCUGCCAACAACUCCAAGCCCACCAAAUCCCGUCGUUACAUCCCCCAGACUUCAGAAAGAACUCUGGAUGCGCUUGAUAUUUUGGAUGAUUACUACUUGAAUCUGCUAGACUGGGGCAGCAGCAAUGUUCUUUCAAUUGCCCUUGGAAGCACAGUGUAUUUGUGGGAUGCAACUGACGGAGCUACCUCAGAGCUCGUCACGGUUGAUGAAGAAAAUGGCCCCGUGACGAGUGUUAAGUGGGCUCCCGAUGGACGCCACGUCGCUGUUGGUUUGAACAAUUCUGAUGUAAAACCCUAGUCUCUGUCUUGGCAAAUAGACUAUAGUGCCCUUCAUAUUUGGUGGCGCGUCUCGCGAGAUGAAGUUUCCCGUCAUAGUUAACUGCUAGAUUUGACAGAAGGGCCACUAAUAUGCUACUUUGUUAGAUCGAGGGUCAAAAAUUUAUCUUUAAUUGUUGGAGGGCCAAAACUUUACCUGAGUAAGAGUUGGAGGGCCAUUGGGACUCUUUUCCCUUUAGGGGUUCUACCAUAGUGAUUGUCAUUGCUAUUCCUUAAUAGCAGCCAAAUG